AUGGCCCCCGCCAUUCGCCGCAUUAUCGUUCUUUUUGUAUCUGUGACUUUCAUCAUCCUCGCCUUUCGCCAGCUCAGCGCUCGAACCGAUCUACCCCCACCAACCUUGACCUCCUCGAAUCGAAUCGAUCAUCGCGUAGAAUGGAAGGACCUCCCAAUACGACAAACAGCUGUCAAGAAAGCAUUUUUGCAUACUUGGGAUGGCUACAAAAAGCAUGCAUGGCUACAGGACGAAGUGACGCCGGUAACAGGCGGCUUCAAAAACGGCUUUGGACAGCGGGGAGCAUCGUUGGUGGAUGCAUUGGAUACGCUCAUCAUUAUGGGACUGGACGAGGAUUUUGAAAAGGCAGUACAUGCUGUCAAGAAGAUUGAUUUUACCACUGCUGGCGUUCAGCGGUUGAAUGUCUUCGAAACAACCAUUCGCUAUCUUGGAGGCCUGCUGAGCGCAUAUGAUUUGAGUAAAGUGAAGCAUAACACACUACUUCAAAAAGCGACCGAGUUGGGAGAGAUGUUAUACGCUGCGUUCGACACGCCAAACAGGAUGCCAGUCACACGGUGGGACUGGGAAAACGCUGCUAUGAACGGACACCAAGAGGCCGAUGCGCAGGCAAUUAGCGCAGAAAUUGGAUCUCUGACCCUUGAAUUUACUCGCCUCUCACAGCUCACCGGAAACAUGAAGUGGCACGACGCGGCGCAAAGAAUCACAGAUCUACUCGAGAAGAACCAGAACAAGACCAAGAUCCCUGGGUUGUUCCCCCUAUUCGUUAGCCCAUAUAGGGAAGAGUUCAAUGACGGGACGUUUACGCUGGGCGGUAUGUCUGAUUCACUAUACGAGUAUUUGCCUAAGCAGCAUCUACUCCUCGGAGGGCUCACAGAUCAGUACCGGAAGCUAUACGAGAGUGCGAUUGAGCCCGCGAAAGAACACCUUUUCUUCCGCCCGAGAAUUCCUGAGAGCAAGCAUAUUCUCAUCUCGGGCGAUGCGAGGAUAAGUGCUGGAGGAUCAGUCAAGCUCGAACCAAACGGCCAACAUCUUGCCUGCUUCACAGGUGGUAUGGUGGCUCUGGGCGCAAAGAUCUUCAACCGCACUGAAGACCUCGAUGUUGCGCGCAAGUUGGUAGAUGGUUGCACCUGGGUCUACGAGGCUAUGCCUACGGGUAUCAUGCCCGAGACCUUUCGAAUGAUGCCCUGUGUCAGUGAAGAAGAUUGUGCCUGGGAUGUGGAGAAGUGGCAUGAGGCUGUGAAGUAUUCAUACUCUACUAAUCUCCACUCUCAGCACUACGACGUUCAAGACGUCAUCAAGGAAGACGGACUUCAGCCUGGUUUCUCCAAGAUUGCUGACCCGCGAUUCCUGCUUCGACCAGAAGCCAUUGAAUCCGUCUUCAUCCUUUACCGUAUAACCGGCGAUACGACACUCCAAGACACGGCUUGGCGCAUGUUUGAAUCCAUCAACAAUGCUACAAUGGCCGAGUUUGCACACUCUGCUAUCGCAGACGUGACGGUUCCCAGGGGCCAAAGCACGCAGAAGUUGGAUGAAUGCGAGAGCUUUUGGAUGGCUGAGACACUCAAGUACUUUUAUUUGAUCUUCAGCGAGCCGAGCCUUGUGAGCUUGGAUGAUUAUGUAUUUAACACUGAAGCGCAUCCGUUGCUUCGUCCAAAACAUGGUUGA